AUGGAGUCUAGAGGCAUUCCGGACCCUCACGGCAAGGCGGAGAUCGGCGUCAACGGAUGGCUAAUUGGAUUUUCGAGUAUUUUAUACGCGAUUAGACUAUUCGUUCGCAUAUCGAUCACGAAAUCCCCCGGCCUCGACGACGCGCUCGCAGGGGUCGCCUAUUCUGGGAUGGAUAUUAAUGCUGAGCUCCUUGGUAGAGACAUGCAAAUAGGCACUGCGACAGAGGAAACUAAGGCUGAUUUCUUCGCGUCGUUGACGUAUCAGACACUCGUCUACUUUUGGACAGUUGCUAUGGUGAGGUUUGCAAUUCUUGCUUUCUUGCCUCGAAUUAUCCGAGAUAGGAAUAUUAGCAUAAUCUCAUGGGUUGUUGCGUUAGUAAUUCUCGCUCAGACAGUCGGCUCGUUUACAUACAGAAUCCUCGAGUGUGACCCGAUUUCGGAUAUCCUCAAGUCUCCGACGACAAAAGGACUUAAUUGUGUCGAUCCCAAUGUCCAUAACACAAUGAUGGUAGGACACGGCAUAGUGGGCGUUGUUUUGGACGCAAUUCUUCUUAUAUUGCCUAUCUGGAUUAUAUGUGCCAACAUGUUGUGGUCCAAGAAGAUGAUUCAGAUUAUAUUAGUUUUUAGUGUCGGACUGUCCGCGGUAGUUAUAGGAGCUGUGCGUGUGGUCAUAAUAUCGAAGCUGGACUUCGCUAAGGCCUCGAAUUUGGACAAACCUCGAGAGCCAUAUCGGCUUAUGGUGCGGCUGUUUCCCUGCUUUGCAAGCAGUCUUGCGGAUUGGGCGUCUUAA